AUGAAUAGGUUUGUGACCGGUGUUGCCGACCUUGUGGAAGAACAGUGUCGUACGACCAUGCUCCAUAGUGACAUGAAUAUUUCUAGGCUUAUGGUGUAUGCUAAAUCCAAUGAGGAAUCCAAACUUAGUAGGAUCUCAAUGAAUUUAAAGAGGGGUGGAUCCAAUGAUAAAUUCCAACCUAGGUUUAAGAAGAGGGAUCACAACCAAGAUGGACCUAGUGCUCCUAAGGUCAAAUUUGAGAGAGGUAGUGGUUCUCAAUGUGAUAAACCUACUUGUAUCACUUGUGGGAAGAAAUACCUCGGGAAGUUUUUAGCCGGUAACAAUGGUUGCUUUAGUUGUUGUGAGGAUGGACAUAAGGUGAAGGAUUUUCCUUCUAUUGUGGUUAGAGGAAAGGAUACAAAGAAAGAUCCUCCAAGUGUUCAGGAUGAUGAUGCUCCAAGAAAGAAUCGAUUCUAUGCACUCCGGGCUAAAGGAACAAGUCCGGAUGAUGAUGAUGAUGUUGGUACGUUAUACUUCUCUCGUAAGUUGUUAUGA